AUGCUUCAGGGUGCCAGUAAUGAGAUUGUGCAGUUUUUAGCACUUUUGACAAAUAAUCCUGUUGAUUUUUUAGAUUUAUGCCAAAAGAAAGUGUUUGAGUUGACAAAAAAAAGAAGAAUUGCCAACCUAAUUGGUGGUAAUGAAGAGAAAAAAUCAAAGUGGAUUGUGGAUAGCUAUGACAUAAGUUGUCUUUUUGCAGGCACAAUCUCAUGGGAAGAAAUCAGAUCCUUAUCAUUUGAUGAUCCAAAACUAUCAUUUAUUAUUGAUUUCAGCAAGCAUCAGAAGAAAUUACAACAGCUUCUUCCUGAACCAGUAUUUAAAAAAAUCAUAAACAUUCCAAUUCAUUAUUUAGAAGAACCACCACUUGAAUUUAGUAAUUUAUUUAGAAAAUUUUACAGAGACAGAGAAAGAUGGGAGCUUGAUGAUUUUGGAUAUGUUAAUAAAAUUGACCAAAACAAUAAUAAUAGUAAUAUUAAUCAAUUUUUCUAUGGAUUCUCUGUUUGGGAUGAAAAACUUGAAAAUAAAACUAAUAUUUCAGAAGGAGCAUGGGAAAGGAUUGUUCUUGAUCCUAUUUUAAAAAUCAUGACAAGGAAAAUAAAUCAUAAAUGUUUUUGGCAAUGGGCAGAGGCUGUUUCUUUGGCAUCUGAUUUUCGGAAAGAAUUAUAUGCACGGAAACCUGAUUUUUGCUUACCAAUGGAUGUUGCAGGUACUACCCAAGAAAUGAUGUAUCAUGAGACUUCAGGAAAUAGCAAAAAUAUGAUUUGUGAACAAUUAAUAAAUUAUAACAUUAAAUAUUUGGAUGAUCAUGAAGCUCUUUGGAAAAAACUAUGUGAUACUGAAAUUUUUUUGUUUCAAUCAUAUGAUACUAGCUUGAAAGUUUUUUUGUUUGACCAGCCAGAUCUUCCUUUUUGCAGAGUUAGGCUUUUAUUUAACCUCAAUAUACCACAUAAACCUACAGAUAACAUUGAUUUCAUGAUGAGAUUUAUACAUAAUAUAUGGAAAAUACGAUUGGGAAUGUUAUCAUCAAUUUCUAUUGUAGAUGAAGUGGGAAUGUAUGUGGAAAGUUCUAAACAACGCCCUAUCAAUCCUAUUACACCACCUCCAAUACAAGUAGAAGAUUAUCAUUCUUUAGCAACACCCUAG